AUGAAUAUGACUGAGCUUAAAGAAGUGAAAGCAAAUCUAACAUCAGAGUUGGCAUAUGUACUUAAACAGGCAACAUCUGAGUAUCCUUCUGGUACUGCUGUUUCCAAAGAAUCUACUCAAAUACUUUGUAAUACAAUUGAAGCAUUAUUCAUUCAUGGUCUAAAGGCUGCAUUUUUUUUGAAGAAACAACGGAGCUCAAAAUAUCCAGAGCCGAAUUUCUGGCCAUUUGUUUGUAAAUAUACUCAUAAAGCAGUAUUAGAUCAAAUAGCAGCUUCAAAUCAAAUAAAAACCGAAGUAGGAAAGUCAAGAGCAUGGAUCAGAAUAUUAUUAAAUGAAAAUGUCAUGGAUAAUUAUCUAGUUGUAUUAUCGCGUGAUACUUCGACUCUCAGCAAAUUUUAUGAGAAAUGGGCUUUUCUAAGAGAUGCAGAACGUGUGAAUAUAUUAUCAGAUUACAUGAAAGGGUUAACUCGAUUAACUUUGGAAGCGCCUGUUAAUAGUUAUCUUCUCAACACCUGGACUCCAACACCGUUGAUACUUUCUGGAUUAAUGUCAGGAAAACCUGCAAGAUGUGAGUCUUAUUUUCAUAUUCACAAUUUCUUUUUUGUUGUUUACUUAUAUUUUUUGGAAUUAGUUUCCAUUUAUUCGCAUCCUUCAAUGCUUAAUGAAGGAAGUAUGUCUCUCUCCGUUUUGGACCAAGUAAACAGUAGCUUGGUUUCAUAUCCUGUGCAGGAAAGCAGUUCAUUAUCUUGUGGAGCUAAUCAGGUUGCCAUUUUUCUAGAGCUUGAUAUUUAUCUUUCUGAUGAAGUGUUAAUUGAAAUGUUAACCGUAAUUCCUCAUGAAAAAGGACUUGACUUUCAAAGCUUUCGUUGUCCAUCGUGUAGGAAAUCAAUUGGUCCAACAUUUGCUUCAUACAGUAAAUGUUCCUUCGAUGAAAAAUAUUAUUGUGUUGAUUGCUUUGAUGGCGCUGGUGAAAGCGUGAUUCCAUCACGUUUGAUUCAUAACUGGGACAAACGUUCAAGACGUGUUUGCAAGAACAAUAUGAUCUUCAUUGAAAGUAUACGGGAUAAGGCUGUUCUCCGUAUAGAUCGGAUCAAUCCACAACUUUAUGAACAUUCGCAUGCAUUAAACACCGUGAAGUUUCUACGGGAAAAAUUGUCAUUGUCAGCAACGUACCUCUUAACUUGCCGGAAAUCAGUUGCAGAAGAUUUGGAAAGUCGCUUGUGGCCUAAAGACUAUCUGUACAGAGAUAUCCACUUGUAUUCAUUUUCAGAUUUGCUAACUGUUUUAUCUGGUCACAUGGAAAGCCACAUAAACCAUUUGUUAAAUUUUACCAUUAAACAUAUUCAGCGAUGCUUAUUAUGUGCUCAAAAAGGAUUUAUCUGUGAAAUAUGUUCCUCUAGUCAAGUGAUUUAUCCAUUUCAACUCGAAAUUACAACACGAUGUCUUGAAUGCUUUUCGGUAUAUCACAAAAAUUGUGUGGGGCAAAAUCGAUGUCCAAAAUGUAUUCGUCGAGAGCGGUAUUCACAGCAGCGACCGAUUUUCGCUUCCCAUUGUUUACUCUUUGAUAUGGACUGA